AUGUUCGUCUUCCUCGAAACUCCGUUCACUCUAGCUAUCGCGGGGUGGGCUGCCGACGGGACCGAUUCUCGUGCCAUACCCAUGGCCGCAAGCCUGCUGCUGCUCCUUGGAGCUAGUUUGAUGCUCUGCUCAGGACGAAGUUUGAGCGUGUACAUCGUCGGCCGCAUACUGUUGGGCAUAUCUGGUGCUGUGCUCUGGACAGUAGGACUCGCCCUGGUCGUGGGCACUGUUUCCAAAGAUGAGAUAGGAAAAUGUCUAGGAUAUGUUUUCAUGAUAAUCAAUAUGGCUGUUCUCGUUGCACCUUUGUUGGGAGGGGUCGUCUACGCAGCUGCCGGAUUUUACGCUGUGUAUUCAAUGUCUUUCGGGCUGGUUGCCGUCGACGUCGUUCUUCGACUGGCACUGAUUGAUAAAAAGAAAAAGACCCGAAAAUGGCUCUCGGAGGGUCAGGGGAGUCCAGAAGAGGGGCAAAGCAAGGAGGGGGAAACUUCAGGGACGGAAAACCGGACAAUCAUCGAUAAUGUAUAUGCCGCUGCGAUUGGUCCUUCUAGUGCAUACCCCUCAGAGAUAGAGGAUACUACUAGUAGUAAUAUCCCACAGUUAUCCCUACAAUCGCCUGUGCAUCGACGGUCCACUGUCCGCUUCCGCUUACCUGGCCUCCUGCCAUCGCCCCGCGUGCUGACGGCGCUGCUCGGCUGUCUCGUGCAAUCCACACUCUUCUCCACAUUUGAUGCCGUACUUCCUUUGCACGUCCAUGAUCACUUUGGCUGGACCUCCUUGGAAGCUGGAUUGAUCUUCCUCGCACUGCUCAUACCCUCCUUCGCCUCACCGUCGUCGGCUGGUGCUAUGGCAGGGUCGGACCCAAAUGGAUUGCCUGUCUUGGCUUUCUACCAUGCUUCCCACCCUUGGUGCUUCUUCGAGAGGUUACACAAGAUGGCAUCCACCAGAUUGUUUUACUCUGUACCUUCCCUGUUUUCAUUGGGUUUGGCGUCAACUUCAUUGCCAUACCCUUAUCUGCGGUCAGCUACGCUAUUGAAGCCAAAGAAGCAAGGGGCGGGGAAUAUACGGUCCUCGGGGAGCCUACAGGCAGGAAUAUGCGCUUCUGAAUACCGGAUUUGCAACAGGAAGCCUCAUUGGGUCUCUCUGGUAAGGUUACUUGGUAACAGAACCCGGUUGUGGAAGCCUUGGUUGGACUUUGGGAUUACUGUGCGCAGUCGCUGCGCUACCUGUGGUGACCUGGACUGGGGGAAUGCGAAUGAGGAUAAUUAA